GUUGUUUUAUUGAAUAUUGCAUAGAGCACGGUGCGGGGAAAUACUGUAUGCAGAGGAUUUAUUUUAUAUUGCGAUAGUAUUGUGAUACAAACACUUUACAAUGGCAGAAUUUGUCGAGAAACGAUGCGAGGAUAUGAUUCCUGAACUGGAACAACUGGAGCGCAUAAAGAUUUUUGAUAAAAACGAAAUAAGAGGGAUCGCCAAAAAGCGUAAAGAAUAUGAGUACAAAAUUCAACGGCACACCAAGUGCAAGGAAGACUACUUACGCUACAUUCAGUAUGAGAUGGACUUACUCAAACUCAUUCGACAACGUAGAGAUAAACUAGGUAUCAAUCAGAAAAAAUCAGACAUCGACUACACCAUUGCAAAUAAAGUUAAUGUACUGUAUAAGCAAGCUAUUUUCAAAUUCCAAGAUGACUUGAGAUUCUGGAUUGCAUAUAUGAAAUUUUGCAAACAUGUUCGUUUUCACAGCAGUAUUAGCCGCAUGAUGGGAAGAAUGUUGCAAGUUCACCAGGAUAAACCAAAAUGUUGGCACAUCGCUGCACGGUGGGAAGCGGAAGAGGCACAUAACAUUCAAAAUGCACGACAGUUCUUGCUAAGGGGUCUACAUUUUCAUCCAGAUUCUCAGUUACUCUUUACUGACGCUUUUAAAUUAGAAUUGUCAGAGGCUUUGACUAACAAACAAAAUACUUCAAAUGCCAAUGAUACCCCAACACCAGCCACAAACGACAACGAUAUGCCUAUCGAGUUGAAACGGGCUUACGUCAUAUAUCUCCAAGCCUUCAAACGCAUUAAAGAUAUUAAAUUUAUAAUAGAUUUGUUGAAUAUUACAAAGGAACAUAGUAAUACUGAAAAAAUUCAGAACAAAAUUGUCUCUGAUAUGGUGGAAGAAUAUGCUCACGAACCUCUGAUGUGGGAUACAAUGGCUCGACGUGAACUUGAAGGUCUUGUUUUACCAUCCGGUAAUGACACACCGAUGGAAAUUGAUUCGACGGAACAAAGUUCUCUCCGAGAUCGCAUCAGUCUAUGCAAUGAAGUCUAUCAAACUGCUGUAAAGAAAAUUAAAACCGAAGAAAUGUGGUCUUUAUAUAUAGACUGUAUAUUGGAAAUUAAUCACGAGACUAGUUCUCUACCGAACUACAAAAGAAAGUUACUCAGGAACGCUUUGACACAAGCUCACCAGGCUGGAAAAUUGAAAGAAAAAUAUUAUUUGCAAUGGAUUGGCAUGCUGAGUACUAAUAAGAAAAACGAGAAUGAUCAAAAACGAUUGUACGAAGUUUUGUGUUGGGCUACAGAUGCAUUACCCAAAAGUGUCGAUCUCUGGCAAGCAAGAUUAAGAUAUCAUCUUGCCUUUGGCCAAGAAGAUAAUGCCACAGCUGCUUUUGUCAAGGCAACAGAAAUUUUGGGGGAAAAGUCACUGCCUUUAUGGAAAAUGAGGUUGCUGCACGUUCAGACUAAGAGCCCUGAGAAAACCGAACAAUUUUUUCGAGCUGCGUUACAAGAGGGGCCAACUAUUGCAAAAGAUAUGAAGCCGACUUACAUCGAAUGGCUAGUUCUCUCCAAGAGUAUUCAAGUUGCACGAAAGGCAUAUGAUAAUUUGUGCCUUCAACCACCUCCCUGCUUGGAAUUGCACAAGAAAAUGGCUGCUAUAGAACUGAUGCAGCCUGAGGUGUCGUUGAAACAUGCUCGCCGUCCACAUGAAAUGGCUACAUUGGAGUUUGGCAAAACGAACACAGAUGUAUGGAUGGACUACAUUAUGUUUGAAUUAAAAGUAGGAGACCCCAAAAAGGUGGGUGAAAUUCAUAUGAGAGCUGUGAAAACGUUGGAAGCUGUGCUUACGGAUAAUUUCAUUUCUGAAUUCAGUUUAAUUAAGACGAAUUCAGAUGCUAUUGAACAAGUCCAGUGAGUCAUAAAUCAACGUCCCAUAUUACUGUAUACAAAUAUCUUAGGAUUUGUAUAAGAAUUUUUAUAUGUACGUCGCUAUUGAUAUUGUAUAUUAAAUUUGUGUGCAACAAAAUCCACAUAGAUGUUGAAAAUAAUUCUUGUAAUCACAACAGUUGUGUCAU